UCUUGGUUAUGUGCCAAUUGUAACCAAUCACCAGCUAACUUUUCAUCCUGCAGAAAGUCACGUUAUUGAAGCAACGUUUCUUUUAUUUCUAGGGCCUCUUUAGCUUCAUUUGGAGUUGGUUAAAAUGGGGCGCCGACCAGCGAGGUGUUAUCGGUACUGCAAAAAUAAGCCGUACCCAAAAUCUAGAUUUUGUCGUGGUGUACCAGAUCCAAAGAUCCGUAUUUUUGAUCUCGGUAAGAAAAAAGCAUCUGUCGAGGACUUUCCAUUAUGCGUGCAUUUGGUAUCAGAUGAGUAUGAACAACUUAGUUCUGAAGCUUUGGAAGCUGGACGUAUCUGUGCCAACAAGUACAUGGUUAAAAAUGCUGGCAAGGAUCAAUUCCAUAUUCGUAUGAGACUCCAUCCUUUCCAUGUUAUUCGUAUCAACAAAAUGUUAUCAUGUGCUGGAGCUGAUAGGCUCCAGACUGGAAUGAGAGGUGCUUUUGGCAAACCUCAGGGUACUGUGGCUAGGGUACAUAUUGGACAGCCUAUUAUGAGUGUACGUUCCUCUGAUCGUCAUAAGGCAGCUGUCAUUGAAGCUUUACGACGUGCUAAAUUCAAGUUCCCUGGUCGUCAAAAGAUUUAUGUGUCGAAGAAGUGGGGUUUCACGAAAUAUGAUCGUGCUGAGUACGAAGAACUGAAAACGGCGGGCCGUCUUGCGCCAGAUGGUUGCAAUGUCAAAUAUUUACCUGAGCAUGGACCGCUCGAAGAAUGGAAGAAAUUCAGAAAGGUACUCGCUGCAGCCUAAAUAGGCACAAAACAUUUUAAACAUGGAAUUGAAUAAAAUAAUUAUAAA